AUGGUCACAAUUACUAUCGAUCUAGUUUCCGACCCAAUAUGCUCUUGGUGCUUCAUCGCACACCGAACACUUUUAAAAGCCGUACAGCUAUAUAAAAAAACUGUUCCCAAUGGGUCAAUGGACAGCUUCAACUUAACCUAUCACCCUUACUACCUCCUCGACCCAUCAAAACCAUCCACAAACAAGCAAGAAUUCCAAGACAAAAUCAUGAGUCGUCAGCGACAAAAACUUACAUACAACCGCAUCAAGCAGAUUGGGCGCUUUCAUGGAAUAAACUUUAACUUCUUCGAAGGGGAGAUUGGCGGCACCAGGGAGACGCAUCGUUUGAUCCAUUUAGCACAGAGCAGGAAGAAUUUAGACAUUCGAAACGCAGUGGUAGAGGGCAUUUUCAAGGCUUACCACGAGAAUGCAAUGAAUGUUUCGGACUGGGAAGUGCUUAAAGGAAUUGCAGUUCAAAAUGGAAUCGGGUGUGAAGAAGUAGACGAAUGGGGGGAUAGAGAUACUGAUCUUGGUGGCGAUGAGCUUGAUCGCGAAGUUGAAAGGAUUAGAUCAAGUAUCUUCAAUGAUGAUUUAGGGAUCAGAGUUCAACGCGGCGUACCGGUUGUUAUUGUUCAGGGGAAAUAUAGGAUUGACGGUGCACCAGACGUCAGUGAGUUGUUGGAUAUUUUUUGGAAGAUAAAGGAUGGUGGAAUCGUUGAAGGGGGCGAGACUGGUUUCAUGUGCGAAAUUGGAUCAACACAGUGUUGA